AAUAUCCAAACCCUCCAUGCAAACUUCAGUGUACUUCAAUACAAGCCAUUUUUCCUUCUUUACUAUAAUACAUUUAUACAAUAUUUGGUAUUUCAUAUAAGUAAAUCUUAGUAAAAAAAAAAAAAGAAGCGAAAAUGGUGACUGUAGAGGAGGUUCGAAUGGCGCAGCGUGCAAAGGGGCCAGCUACCAUCAUGGCCAUAGGCACGGCGACUCCUUCGAACUGUGUUGAUCAGUGUACCUAUCCUGAUUAUUAUUUUCGAAUUACUAAUAGUGAGCAUAUGACUGAGCUUAAAGAGAAAUUCAAGCGCAUGUGUGAUAAAUCAAUGAUUAAGAAGAGGUAUAUGCACUUAACAGAAGAAAUUCUGAAAGAAAACCCAAAUAUUUGUGAAUACAUGGCUCCUUCUCUUGAUGCUAGGCAAGAUAUAGUGGUGGUUGAAGUGCCAAAACUUGGGAAAGAAGCAGCCCAAAAGGCCAUUAAAGAAUGGGGCCAGCCUAAGUCUAAAAUUACCCAUUUGGUCUUUUGCACCACUAGUGGGGUGGACAUGCCUGGGGCUGACUACCAACUCACUAAGCUUCUCGGGCUUCGACCCUCUGUCAAGCGGCUCAUGAUGUACCAACAAGGUUGCUUUGCCGGUGGGACUGUAAUCCGACUGGCAAAGGACUUGGCUGAAAAUAACAAGAAUGCUCGAGUCCUUGUUGUUUGCUCAGAAAUAACUGCAGUUACUUUUCGUGGCCCAAGUGAUACUCAUUUGGAUAGUAUGGUUGGACAAGCCCUUUUUGGUGAUGGGGCAGCCGCGAUGAUUAUAGGUUCAGAUCCAUUACCAGAAGUCGAAAGGCCUUUGUUUGAACUUGUUUCUGCAGCCCAAACUCUUCUCCCAGAUAGCGAAGGCGCUAUCGAUGGUCACCUUCGUGAAGUUGGGCUAACAUUUCACUUACUCAAAGAUGUUCCUGGAUUGAUCUCAAAAAACAUUGAAAAGAGUUUGAUAGAAGCAUUCCAACCAUUGGGCAUUUCUGAUUGGAAUUCUAUCUUUUGGAUUGCGCACCCUGGUGGGCCGGCAAUUUUGGACCAAGUUGAAUUAAAGUUGGGCCUAAAGCCUGAAAAACUUCGGGCUACUAGGCAAGUUUUAAGUGACUAUGGAAAUAUGUCUAGUGCUUGUGUUCUAUUUAUUUUGGAUGAAAUGAGGAAGGCCUCAGCCAAAGAAGGGCUUAGUACUACUGGUGAAGGCCUUGAUUGGGGUGUACUUUUUGGAUUUGGGCCUGGGCUUACAGUUGAGGCUGUUGUGCUCCAUAGUGUCUCUACUUAGUAUAUUGUGAGGGUGAUUAAUUAAAUUGAUUAUCUAUGUAAUCUUAAAUUUGUUUAAUUUGAUGUAUCAUGUACUAUUUGUUUUGUUUUCAAUUGCACUUUGUAAUGCAUAUUCUGUGUAAAGAAAUCCAUUUAAUUUCUCCCUC